UUCAUACCAGGCUCAAGGGGAUAGUUAUUAACAUCAAAUCUGUGUAGACAGUCUGAGUAGGAAAGUUAUAUAUACCGGAUAACGAGAACUCAGACUUCAUAAAAGGAAUUGAUCAUCAAAGGAAGACCUUGGAGUAGUCUUGUGUCCCUGAUAAAGAAGAUUUAUAUGCUUUCAUUUGUCUACCGUGGAAUUUGUUAUAUCUAAAGAGGGAGGAAAAUCAAUCGAUUCAAAGAUUUUUAAAAAAGUGAAAAUGAAUUGUGAUCAAGACUUUAAAAAAUCUGCUAUGUUUAUAGAGGAAAAUUUUGAAGAGGACCUCAUACAUUUUAAGAACAACUGAUUUCAUAGAUUUAAUUAAGAAAAAUUUCCAUCAAUGUACAUCUAAACUGUGUGUCAGUCAGUUUAUGAUGGAAAAGCAAGAUACACAAAUGUCUACAUUGACAACCAAGGACGUCAUCAUGGACACUGAAAAAACGGUGAAUUCCAAUGGUUUGUCAAUGCAAAAUGGACAUGCUAAAAAUGGGCAUCUAGAGAAGGGUAUUCCUGAACCAGAGAGAGGCCAGAACAAAGUAACCAUUAACCCUGAUGUUGAGGUGAAGACAGUCAAAAAGAGCAGUGGGAAGGAGAAAACACAACACAUUGGAUUCUUUCAGCUGUUCCGAUAUGGCAGUGCCUUUGACAAGUUUAUAUUGGUCGUUGGGAUUCUAUGUGCCAUGGGCGGUGGUUGUGCAACUCCUAUCAACUUUUUUGUGUAUGGAGAGCUAGCCAACACAUUUAUUCUGUAUGAUGUCGCUCAUAAAAUAAACUUCAGCAAUACAAACCAGACUCUGUUAUUUGAUCGAGAAGCUCUACAAAACAGCCUGAAUCUUCUAGACAUAGCCAAGGAGUACGCUCUGUACUUCAGCCUUAUUGCCAUAGGUGCCUUUGUUUUAGGCUAUUGCAGCAUCUUUUGUUUCACGCUGUCAGCAGAGAGACAGAUCCGAGUCAUCAGAAAGCUUUUCUUUCGCUCUAUAAUGCGACAGGACAUGGAGUGGUUUGAUACACAUGAGAGCAGUGAACUCAGUACAAGAUUUUCAGAGGACAUGCAUCUAAUCUAUGAUGGCAUUGGAGAUAAAGUGGCCACCUUUGUCCAGUGGACCACCACGUUCCUGAUAUCUUUUGUCAUCGCUUUUGUGUCUGGUUGGAAACUGGCUCUGGCCACCGUGGCAUUUUGUCCAUUGGUUAUUCUUGUAGGGGGGACUUUAACCAAGUGGGUACGUAACUUGUCUAUGGAGGAAUCACAGGCGUACGCUAGCGCUGGCUCAGUGGCUGAGGAGGUCUUCUCUUCCAUUCGAACUGUGACUGCCUUCAAUGGUCAGGAAAAAGAGUGUAAACGGUACAAUUUGAACCUUAUGGAUGCCAAGAAUAACUCUGCUAAGAAAGGUCUAGUCCUUGGGCUGGCAGUCAGUGCUUUUUGGUUCCUGAUUUACAGCACCUUUAGUGUGGCAUUCUACUAUGGUGUCAAACUCAUGCAAGACCCAGAUGAAGGGUUUGAUCCUGGCAAAACUUUAACAGUCUUUCUAGGAGUUAUGAUUGGCUCCAUGUCCUUGGGUCAUGCCUUUCCUACACUGGAGGUCAUUGCUAAUGCUCGAGGGGCAGCCACCAAAGUGUUCUCUAUCAUUGAGCAAAAAUCAAAAAUAAACUAUGAAGUAAACGAGGGCAAGAAAUUGGAUGAAAUGGAGGGAACUAUAUCACUCAAGAAUGUACAUUUCCGGUACCCAGCCAGACCAGACAUUCCAAUUUUACGUGGUGUGAAUUUAGAGGUCCAGCGAGGACAGACAGUGGCUCUGGUGGGGUCUUCGGGUUGUGGUAAAAGUACCAUUAUACAACUAGUACAGAGGUUCUACGACCCAGAGGAGGGGCAGGUAUGUGUAGAUGGAUGUGAUGUUCGGGACAUGAAUGUGAACUGGCUCCGUCAACAGAUCGGAGUUGUUAGUCAGGAACCAGUUCUGUUUGCUACAACCAUUGCUGAAAAUAUCCGUUAUGGUCGAAUGGAUGUCACGCAGGGUGAAAUCGAGCAGGCAGCUAAAGAGGCUAAUGCUGAAACAUUUAUCAAAGAACUUCCUCAGGGAUAUGAGACAUUGGUUGGAGACCGAGGGGCCCAGCUCAGUGGGGGACAGAAGCAGAGGAUCGCAAUAGCCAGGGCCCUCGUUAGGAAUCCCAAAAUCUUACUGUUAGAUGAAGCCACGUCAGCGCUGGAUAAUGAAAGCGAGGCUGUGGUACAGAAGGCCCUCGAAAAGGCAGAAGUAGGCAGGACAACUAUAGUUGUAGCUCAUCGUCUGACAACAGUGAGGAACGCUGAUGUUAUCUUCAGUAUGGCUGACGGUCAAAUACAAGAGAGGGGAAAUCACCAAGAAUUAAUGGACAGAAAGGGACUGUAUUACACACUGGUCAACUUACAGUCUCAAAGUCACGAAGAGGCAGAAGAAGUGGUUGAGGAACUGGAGCAUGAAAUGUUUGAUGAAGGGGAACCAGACGAACAUGCUGCUUUGAUGCAGAAGGUCAAAGGUCAGAAUGGUCUGCCAUAUGAUAGACAGAUGUCAUCAGUUAGCGGUCACAGUGCCAUCAGUCAUCAUGACGUCACGGACGGAAAAGCUGAAGGGGAGGAGGAGGAAGCAGAAAAUGAUAUACCUCUUGUUCCGAUAGGAAAAAUCAUGAAGAUGAACUCGCCUGAGUGGUUAUACAUUACAUUAGGCAGUAUAAGUUCUGUGAUAGUGGGGGCUAUUCAGCCAGCAUUUGCAUUUCUGAUGGCAGAAUUCCUGAAAGUUUUUUCAAUGACUGUAGAUGAACAGAAUGAAAUCAUUGGCGUAUUAGUUGGCGUCGUCAUGGGUGUAGCUGUCUUUACUGCAUUACUCAGACUUACUUUGUCCAUUUGCUUUGUGAAAGCUGGUUCUGAUUUAACAUUGAGGAUGAGAAAAUUGGCAUUCAAAUCCAUAGUGUGGCAGGAUAUAGGCUUCUUUGAUAGCCAUGAGAAUCGUGUUGGUGCCCUGACCACAAGACUAGCUAGUGAUGCUGCUCUUGUUCAAGGGGCCACAGGAACAAAAAUAGGCCAGGUAUUGGAAUCUAUUGCUGUCAUCACCACUGCCCUUAUAGUGGCCUUUAUAUACAGCUGGAACCUUACCCUGGUCAUACUAGCCUUCAUGCCCCUGAUGAUGGGGGUAGGGGUCAUGCAGUCUAAACUUGUGGCUGGUUUUGCCAAGGGGGAUAAAAAAGCUAUGGAAGAAGCUGGAAAGGUGUGUACAGAAGCCAUAGACAAUGUGAGAACUGUCGUAUCACUCACAAGGGAGAAAACUUUUGUUGACGAGUACUCUGCUCAUGUUGACAGCAUUUAUAAAUCAGGUAUAAAGCGAGCUGCUUUGUUUGGUCUUGUGUUUGCCACUUCCCAGAGUAUUAUCUACUUCUCCUAUGCAGCAUCGUUUGCCUAUGGUGCCUAUUUAGUGACUCAGGGACUAGCAUUCCAGGAUGUGUUCAGGGUAUUUGGUGCUAUCAUAUUCGGUGGGAUGCAUGUUGGAAGAACCGGUUCCAGUGCACCAGAUUUUACAAAGGGAAGGCGAGCAGCAACCAGAUUGUUUUCUAUCAUUGAAAGGGAACCAGUCAUUGAUGCCAAAAAAGAAGAAGGGGAAAAACCAGAAUCCUUCACUGGAGCAAUCGAGCUGAACGAUGUCCACUUUACCUAUCCCUCUCGGCCUGAUGUGAAAGUUUUAGAGGGCUUAAGUCUGUCUGUGAAACCGGGCGAAACCUUUGCUCUUGUUGGCACAAGUGGUUGUGGUAAAAGCACCACUGUUCAACUGGUAGAACGGUUUUAUGAUCCAAGCAGUGGCUCAGUGAUGGUGGACAAUUUUGACCUAAAAUCACUGAAUCUUAACUGGUUAAGGUCACAAAUAGGAAUUGUUUCACAAGAACCCAUGUUGUUCGACACCAGUAUUGCAGAGAACAUAGCAUAUGGGGAUAACUCCAGAGAGGUUCCUAUGGAUGAAAUCAUCAGCUCUGCCAGAAAUGCGAACAUCCAUGGCUUUAUUAAAAGCUUACCUCAUGGUUAUGAAACAAAUGUUGGAGAUAAGGGCACACAACUCUCAGGGGGUCAGAAACAGCGAAUUGCUAUUGCACGAGCACUUAUCAGAAAUCCAAAAAUUUUACUCCUGGAUGAAGCCACAUCAGCAUUAGAUACUGAGAGUGAAAGGAUUGUUCAAGAGGCCUUAGAUAAAGCUAGAGAGGGCCGAACAUGUGUUGUGAUCGCACAUAGACUGUCUACGAUUCAGAAUGCUGAUAAGAUCGCCAUUAUACAUAAAGGACAUGUUGUAGAACUAGGGAGCCACUCAGAAUUAUUAACAAAGAAAGGUGUCUACUGGAAACUCUGCCAGCAUAAUGUGAAGAAAAGCUGAAUCAAUCAUUGUACUUAAUUGUUGACAGAAUGUUUUGAUGAGUUAAAUGACUGUGUAUAAUGAUAAUGCCACCCUAUACUGAGUUAUUAUGGAAGAUGUAGGAAUUUUUGUGAUAAAUAUAAGAACCAUAAUAUAUACCAAUAUUUAAAUGACCAACAUUUUUUUUCAAUCAAAACUCUAUUUCAUUAUCAUUCUGAUAUGUUUGCAAAUUAAGAUUUGAGUUUCAUUGAUCUUGUUAUGUACAAUGUAUGUCAUUUUGAACAAAACCUAUUUGUUUUAUUCCGUCUGUUGUGCUGGACACAUGAACCUAUUGUCAUUUUCGUUUUGUAUGUUUGUUUUGUCUUUUUAUAUAAUUUAAUCAAAUUUUUUUUUACCAGAUCAUUUAGUUGACAUUGAAAGCACUUU